AACACAACUGUCACAACAUUCGAUUGCACAGGAUCCGUCUUUCAGCUCGAGCUCCAAGUUUUUCCCAUCGUCCUCUCCGGAUUUUUACCGAUAGCUUGAGAAUGGCUAGCCGCGAAGCCGUACGCCGGACGGUCCAAUCCGUGCGACCCAUCCUAUCAGUGGACCGCGAGGAAGCACGCAAACGUGUGCUCAACCUCUACAAAGCAUGGUAUCGUCAAAUUCCGUACAUUGUGAUGGACUACGACAUCCCGAAAUCGGUGGAGCAGUGCCGGGAAAAGCUGCGCGAAGAGUUCCUCAAGCAUAAGAACGUCACCGACAUUCGCGUGAUCGAUAUGCUCGUCAUCAAGGGCCAGAUGGAGUUGAAGGAGUCGGUCGAGAUCUGGAAGCAGAAGGGACACAUUAUGCGCUACUGGAAGGAAAGCCAGGAACCGAAACCAACGGACUUCCUGUCUAAAUUUUUGUCCGGUCAAAAUUAAGUGCGCCG